AUUAACUGAACGUCACAUCUGACUGCUACGUUAAUUUGUGCUCACAAACUAGAUUUCAAUCUUUGGGCAAAGUUUAACGCCUCCAUUUUUUCUCUUUAGGAGAUAAACAGAGUUUAGUUCUGCUGUGUUUGUAGUCCUUCGAUGAGAGCAACUCGAUUAUUUCAUUUCCCUUGCGGUAAUCGAUAAAAAUGAAGGAGUUAGUAGAGGAGAUGCCUGAUGAAGGAUAUGGAUGCGCCGUUGCUAAUCGUUUCGGCCGACUGCUGGACGAUGAAUCCGACCCUUUCGACAUCUUAUACGCGGCAGGGGUGGAAAAGAAACAGAAGAAGAAGAAAGAGGAGCCAAAGAAAACCUCAACCACGACUGGAAAGAAAGAGUCUCAAAGGGACCGGAAAAUCGUUCUUCCAGUAGAUGGGGGUGAACAAGGCCAAGUCCGUCUUGCUCGUGGAGAAGUUGAGGAGCGAAUAGAGAGACGCAUGACUUCUGAGCGCAAAUUCAGCGACGCCGACACCCCCCUCAGUUUCUCUGUUGAGAGGCCUGUGGAUGUGCUGGACAGGCCUGUCAGAGGAAGAGGUACAGGAAGAGGACGAGGAGCCCGAGGCCCAGGAUAUCCAAGAUCUAGUGAUGGAUUUGACCAGAGGGGAAAGAGGGAGUUUGAGAGACACAGCAGCAGUGACCGAAGGAGUGUCCGUUCAGAAGAGAAGCGCAGCGGCAGUGGAUCUCGCAACUGGGGCUCAAUGAGAGACCAUAUGAGUGAAAUUGAAGAGGGGUCACCUAGUGAAGAGGUCGUUGAAAAUGAGGAGACCCAAGAGGCAGUUGAGACUGAUGGAGAAAACAGACCAUCUGAGACCGAGGAAGUGAUUGAGCUUGCCCUAGAGAUGACACUGGAUGAGUGGAAAGCCCAACAGGAGCAAAGCAGGCCUAAGGUGGAGUUGAAUAUACGUAAGGCAGACACCUCUGUGCUGUCCAAGGCCGUGGUCAUCCAUAAGUCCAAAUUCCUUCAGAAACAUCAUAAUGGCUUGGAUGAAGAGGAUGUGGUUUUCCGCCGCCCGGCCAAUGACAUCACUUGUCAACUGGAGAUCAACUUUGGCAGCCUGGCUCGGCCCUCUCGUGGUGGGAGAGGAGGACGAGGUGGUCGUGGCCGUGGGGCUCCAUCCAUGCCAUCCCAAAGAUCUCCACAAAAACUUGAAUCUGCUCCAAACCCAGAUGAUCCAGAAGAUUUCCCUGCACUGGCCUAGAGCUCCUCUGGAGGUAUAGAGUGCGGAUCAAACUGUUCUGCAACCCAUGUUGGUAGCUCUGAAAUGGGCAAUGUGCACUUAAAAUGAACAAAAAUAAAGCAUGCAUAAAGUUGGUUCUUUGCCGUUACUGCAGUUGUCAUUGUGUAUAGUUCUGUAAUUUUUGCACUUGUUUGGGUUUACUAUUUUAAGAGGAUGGAGCAAUAGUUCGUUCUAAAAUAAAGCAUGCUGUUAAAGGCA